AUGAAAAGAUGUCAACAUUACCGUGCACUGCUUUUUGACACACACAAAAUACCACUGAGACGUUGCUUGUACUGAGGUUCAACAAUGAACACGAUUUAGUCCUGCAUACUCGAAGUUAAACUGUAUGUUAGCUAUCCGUUGUUCUGCUGUCACUGCACAGGAUGGCUGCACCUCACAGUGGACAGUCCUCCCUUGUACACAGCUUGGCCACACUGCUCCGAAAUGAUGGCGACUUGGUGCUGGACGGCAGCAGCACACUGACCCUGCAGGCGUCCGGCUUGCAGCAGCUCACUCGGCUGUUUGAGCAGUACUUGCUGUCCAGGAGCCAGCAGCAUGGCUUCCUUGCACUGCCCUCCCACCCUGCGGAAACUGAUUCUCUGCUGCAGUUGCAGUUCCUGUUUGACGUGCUGCAAAAGACCAUCUCCCUUAAGCUCACCAACCCGCCAGGGGUAAAACUGCAGUCUGUGGUGAAAAUCUUCCCCUUCAAGUCUCUGAAGUGUUUGGAGCUAAAGCGAAUCCCUCCACACUGUCUGGAGGGUCUCAGAGGAGUUUACUCCCAGUUGGAGGUCUUCAAAUGUUCAAAGAGCCUCAGCUCCCUUGAGGAGCUGCUCUCCCUGUGUGGAGGAGACCUUAGCUCUGCACUGCCUUGGCUGGAGCUGCACACACUCAACUUUAGCUACAACUCUAUUCUUUGCCUUGACCAGUCCUUAAGUUUACUUAACGUCCUGAAAUCCUUAGAUUUAAGCCAUAACCACAUUCAGGAGGUUGCUGAAUUUCUUAAGCCAUUGAGUGAGUUGGAACACUUGAAUCUCGGCUACAACUGCCUGCAGAGGGCGCCAACGCUGGGCCUGAGUGCCAGGGCCAAACUCGUCACACUCGUCCUCAGGAACAAUGAGCUGGAGACUAUUAACGGUGUGGAGCAGUUGUCUUCACUUCAGCACUUAGACUUAGCCUACAACCUCCUGUUGGAGCACUCACAGCUGGCUCCUCUCUCCCUGCUGCACUGCCUCAACACACUUCACCUGGAGGGCAACCCGCUGUUCUUCCAGAAGACACAUCGCACCGGCACCGUCAGACAUCUCUCCCCUAAGGCUGCCAAGACCAGACUCAAACUUGACGGUGCCGCGCUGUCCUCAUCUGAGUUGUCAGUUCUGCCCAAACAAGGCCAGCUGAUCGGCCCGGCACACACUUUACCUCCUGUUGCCAUGCUGACAGAACGGAGUAACCAGGAUGGGUCAAGUGGUGCCGGGGAGCUGAGUGACAGCAUGUCAGUCGGAGAAGUCACACGCCUUCGGAAGAGGAAAUCCAGAAGUAAAGUGAAAGUGCGAAGGGCUAGCAUAUCAGAGCCCAGCGAUACAGACUACCAGCCCAAGCUGCGUUCCCCCUCUCAGAGCAUUGUGCUUCAUCACCAGCAGGAAAUCGAGCGCAUGUCCAGCUUCAGAGAUCAACUGGGGGAGGAUUGGCUUAGGUACCAACACCAUCUAGAUGAAGCACACCCCUCUACUGUUACCACCGCUUUGAUCAACAGCAACCAGAGCCAACCCCUCCCCAACGGCCUUAAAAUUACCACAUGUCCAUCUACUAGUCUACAGACGGAAGUCCCAGAAGUCCUCCCCCCUCCGCUUCUCUCAUCCGAGCCCAGAUUGGAGACGUCUAUUGAUGCAGAUUUAGAGACAGAAUCCACCCUUCAAUGGCACAGCACCUUAGAUGAGACCACGGUGGAUGGCCCUAUGGAGAGCGAGGGAGUGGGGGGCUCCCCUGGGCACAGUCCGGGCUCCCCUGGGCACAGUCCAGGCUCCCAAAAAUCGGUUGGAGGGGAGAGAGCAGACAUCAAGGAAGAAGAAGAGGAGGAAGAUCUGGGAGUGGACCUCUGUCACCCUCUACUUGUGGGUGUCUUAUCUGACAAGGAGGAAGAAGACGGCGAGGGCCAGGGGGAGAGGGGGAGGAACAGGAGGGAGGUGUUCCUGCGCAUCAAACAGGGGCUGGUGCUGGAGGUGGACAUGCAGCGCGGCCGGGAGAGAUGCCGUCUGGAGCUCAACAGCCUGGCUCGGGUGGAGACUACAGAGGCUGCCUGGACCCGAGGGGAGACAGAAGAGAUGCUUCCAGCUGUGGAGCUUCAUUUCGCCUACAUCAGCAGGGACAAAAAGAAGAGAUGCUACGUCGUGCUUGAUGAUGACCCACAGCAGGCACUGCAGGCCUUAACCGACGUGCUGAGUCAUGUUGCGGAGGAGAACCGGCAGCGCGAGCUCCGUCCCAGCUGCGUCCGACUGCAGUGCCUCCGCUGCAGAGAGGAGUUCACGCUCAAGAGAGGAGGCCGAGAGGAGGUGGCGAGGAGGAGAGGGGCCGCCAUGCUACCGGACAGCGCGGAGGAAGAGGGCGAGGAGGAGGUGACCCAGUUCAACUACGACAGCAAUGGAGAAAUGAAUAUUUGUCCAGAAUGUGGUAGCGAUCAUGUCGUCCAUGUGGAUGGCCAGUCCACUCCCUACAGCAGCACCCCAAACCAGCGCUCAUCGAGGCUGGAGAGUGAGGACGAUCUUCGAUUACCCGGCACUCGGAGUGCCAAUAAGGAGGAUUACACAGACGGCAGUAUUAGCGGCAGUCCAAUCCUCCAGGCUUCCACCACCACUGAAGACCCCGCCUUCACCACUGCCCAGGGGAGCUCCUUCUUCAUCGGGGAUGCUCAGGGGGAUUCCUCCAGCCUGUUCUACAACACAGAGUGCCAGAGUAAAGAGGAUCUGGCUGGGAGCUACCGCUACACCGCUACAGGUGCUACACCCCCUGAAGUCCAGGCACCACCUGCAGGAAGAUCCACCCCCAAUGAUGAUUUGGACUUCCUGUCUGAGGACCAUGAGGCGGUGGACCAUCGGCUACAGCUCUUCCUGGAUGUGGAGGUCUUCGAGGAGGAGGAAGAAGAGCUUCACUCUUUCCUUAAGAUGUCAGCUGUGAAGUUUGGGGAGCCCGGGCAAGUUCCCUCCCUGCUUGUGGUGUCGAACCUGCGCAUCUAUUUCCUGGAAAUGACAUCAGAAACCGACAGAGGCCAGCUCUCCGAUUGGCUGCAGAAGCGGGACAGCCACCCAAUCAUGGAGCUCAGCUACCUGGAGGUGGGACUUGGCUCGCAGUGCAUCCACAUGGCGUUUGGGGGAGUGGCCUACACCCUCCUCGUGAGGGACAGUUUACGCUGCAAACGCUUCUUUGGCCUCCUGACAGGAAUUGUGCGCGAGAUGGCGCACAAAUCAGACAGCAAGCUGGAGUCUAUCUCCACCACGAGACUCAACCCUCAGCACCAUCUCUGGCCUCUGGUGUGUGAAGACAUCCAGGCCGACGUGGAAGAUGGACAGCUGCAGUUUUUCUACAUCCUGGCUUUUGUUCUGCAAGAGGACAUUUGGACGCCCCUUACAGUCCUGUCAACCCGGGAAACCCUGUACCUGCUCCAAGAGGAUCACCAGUGGUGUAAAAACCCAAACGACAUUGAAAAUAGUGAAGCCAGCAGUGGGAGCGUUACCAUUUUAGAAACGCUGCCUAUCAGCUGCGUGAGCUCAGUCGACCUGUGGCCAUCAGAUCAGCGCAGGAUGGAUAUCAAGCUUUACGAUGAGACCGUGAAAGAGGAGAAGACGUGGUGUGUGCGCUCCGAUAGCACUGAGCUCCUGCAGGGUCUGCUGGCCUGGGUCAGAGCACAGUGGGAGGCCAUGUUCGGAGUAAAACUGCACACAAGCCUGCAAGACAAAGCAGCGUAAUGGGGGGGGAGGGCUCAACUGUGUGUGUGUGUGAGGGGAACUGUUUAGUGAGCGUGAGCCGAGGUUGUUUUUAUUUUUCUCCCCGCGCACAGUCUGCUUCCAUUACGCUUUCAGCCUCUUAAGGCAUCAACUUGGAAAUGAUUGCACUCAUUCAUGUGGUACACAAGCCUGCAAAAGCACUGGUUGCAUAAUUCCCGAUCCCCCAGAUAGCAUCCUGCUUUUCCACAUCUCAAAUGGAGUGUGCCUUGUUUCUUAACGCACCUUAAUGUGUCUCGUGUUCUUCAAUCACUGUGGCGUCUUUCAGAUUUUGAGUUUUGGGGGCUUUGGAUUUCUUUAAGACUUCCCCACCCCCUUUAUUAAUCAGAGCCCUUCCUCUCGGACUUAGGGUGCAGCGUUUUGGGAAAUCACGCGCUCAACACGAGGCUGGGGUUGCUUUUGAAAGGUUUAAGAGGGUGUCAUCUAGGUCACCUCACACCUUCCCCCUCCAAUUAGGGUCUCGUGAUGGUUCAGAAUGGUGUUAUGUGGGCUAAAAAGAAGACAUUCUGAUCAGAUUAACAGCAGGUAUAGUCUUUAAAACUUUGGAGCAGAUGUUUUUUAUGAAGUUGUAUUACUUUGUGUUUAUUGUCCUCAGUUAUGUUUUCAUUACUAAGUAUAAAUCCUUGUGUUUGGUUCUGAUUAAUAUGUUGAGCAUUAUGUAUGUAGCCACUGCAAGGUGUGAUCUAUGUACGUAUCACCUCCAUGCACAGUAAAUCUAAAAACGUGGCGCUUAGAUUAACCAGCUAAACUUAAUUUAUUCAUUUCUUAGCUUUGUUUUUUCAUUAUGGGUUGAUGCAAAAAGUAUUUUAUUUUUAUAUAAAUGCCACCAUAAAACACACAGUGGAUGUAUCAUGUGUAUAACGGGAUAAAAAUGUCUUUGUAGUUUU